CUUCAGCAAAACUGCUUUUUUCGCGUAAAUAUUUGAAAAAUUGUCUCUUCUAAUGGGAAAGAUUGUUCGUAAUGUAGUGUCGCAAUAUAGAAUCGUCUAAUCUAGGUGCUGCUAGCUAGUUAUUACCAAACCACUACGGCGAUCACAUCGGUUUUUUCCUUUUUUCAACCACUGCUCUCACUCUCCAGUGAAAAGUCCGGUGUGCAGUCGGUCGCCCGCUGUUCGCACCGGCAGUACUUCCACUUGGUUCCGCCGCGUUGUGGAAAGUCGUACGUGUUUGCAGUGGUCGUGGUUCUCUAUUAUCCGAAGCGGAUAAUGUUACUAAUAGCACUAAUAAUCAGAAGGAGUCAAACGCACGCCGGAUUGCAAAUACGAAAGUGUGUCGGCAUUGACAGAUAUCCGAUUUAAUAUUGUGAGGAAACGGCAUUAUUAAACUGUUGCACCGUAAUGACGAUUAUAGGGAUAUGUUUGUAAAAAAAGCGAUUUAUCAUUUCAAUCGUAUGAAACGGCAUGUUGUUUUUGAUAACGAAUAAUUACGGAUUUGUGCGUGAUUUAUAUGGGCGAAACAUACUGUUCUACAAUGUGGUAUAGAAGAUGCGUGUUAAAUACUAAAUAAAUAAAAAGUUAACUUCCCAAUGAACAUCACCGCGCCGCCAACGUUCGACAGAAUGUCUAACAUCUACAACAACUCCGUCGUGCGAUACUGGCAAUUUCUGUUCCAUGAUUUAUCUGAUCCUCGAACCAGGGACUGGUUUCUCAUAUCGUCUCCCAUACCCGGCCUUAGUAUCUUGAUCGGCUACCUCUAUUUCGUAUUGUCGUGGGGUCCGAGAAACAUGGAACACCGAAAGCCGUACCAAUUAAAAAACAUACUAGUCCUUUAUAAUUUUUUGCAGAUUCUUCUUAGUACGUGGUUAUUUAACGAAGGCAUGGACGCUAUAUUAUACCAUAAUUACAGCUUGACAUGCGAGGGGGUGGAUUUUUCAUACAAGCCGUAUCCUAUGAAAGUCGCAAGAGGCUUUUACGUCUAUUUUCUGGCGAAACUCACAGAACUCCUCGACACUGUGUUCUUCGUAUUGCGCAAGAAGGAAAAGCAAAUCACAUUUCUUCACAUGUACCAUCAUACCGUGAUGCCAAUGAUAUCGUGGGGCGCUACGAAAUAUUAUCCAGGCGGUCACGGCAUCUUUGUAGGAAUUAUAAAUAGCUUUGUGCAUAUCAUCAUGUAUACUUAUUAUCUCCUGGCAGCAUUGCUACCUCACCACCAGCAAAAACGGUACCUCUGGUGGAAGAAGUACAUUACCACCCUACAAAUGACUCAAUUCUGUCUGGCCUUUCUGCACAACUGCCAAUUGUUGUUCUACGACUGCAACUAUCCGAAAUGGUCGAUCAUCCUGGUACUGCCGAAUACGAUGUUCUUCUACUUCCUGUUUUCGGACUUUUACAAUAAUGCAUAUACUUCCAAGAAGGAAAAUAACGGCGCAGUGCCGUCGAUCCAGAAAUCGACCAAAGCAAACGACAUCGCGGAGAAAGCGCAUAACGGCAAGAUACCGAAUGGAAAAGGGAAAAGCGACUAA